AUGUCGGAGGCUGAACGGCUCGAGCGAGAGACUCAAUGGUUGAGAGCUAUGGUGGACCGCGAGACUCGUGAAGUUCAGGAUCAGGAAUAUUUGGAAAGUUUGAAGGCGGAUCGUGAGCGAGAGGCACAAAAGCAAAAGAGGGAGGAGGAGAUAUCAGAUGCAGCGGCUAAGUAUGUGAUACUGAAGUCCUCCAUGAAGAGGAAACGGGAGAGUCUACCACCAGAACCUGAGAAGGGUACGCCCGGGCGAGUGGAAGUAGCGGCUAGGUUAUUCAAUGGCAAGCGAGUACAAAGAGCAUUCCUGGAUAGCGAGCCCGUAUCUGAUCUCUAUGACUGGAUGGACUCGGAGCUCUUCAAUGAUCAUGAUCGGGCAGCAGCAGCUACGGCGGAUGAUGGCGUUCAGGACUUCACCGAGGCUGAUCUUAACUAUCGGCUGGUCUCAAGAAUGCCACGACGAGUAUUCGAGAGGGAAGAUAAGAGUAUGAAAGACGCUGGGAUCGAGAACCAGAUUGUAUUGGCUGCAGAACGAAUUCGCUAG